AGACAGUUUGUGAACAGUCGGCAAAACAUGUCGAAAGAGAAGAUGGCUACUUCUAAGGAGACCUCGAAAAAAGUGAAGCGUAAGCAAACCACGUCGGAGGAGGAAGUCAAGUCAUCUCCGACCCGAUCACGCGAAAAACGCGACAAGGCUGAGAAGCCGAAGAAGCACAAGACCGUUCACCGUACCGAUGCUGAGAUCGCAGACGAAGAAAAUGAAAUUGGGGUAGAAGAUCAAUCUGACUCGAAGCCAGUCGAAGAGGACGACAAUGAGAAUGGAGAAGAGGAAAAUCUCGCUGAUUUGCCCUCCGCCAAUGCGGUAUCUCUUCCCCAGACUGACGAUUCGAUACCAACCAAAUUUGCCGACCUCAAGCUGUCGGAAAAGACCAUGGAGGCGAUCAAGGAGAUGGGGUUCGAAACAAUGACUGAAAUCCAGCAACGCGCCAUCCCUCCUCUGAUGGCUGGUCGUGACGUCCUGGGUGCUGCAAAAACUGGCUCGGGAAAGACUCUGGCUUUCCUUAUACCCGCUGUUGAGCUGCUUCACAGCCUGAAAUUCAAACCCAGGAAUGGUACCGGAGUGCUCGUUCUGGCUCCAACUCGAGAACUGGCGCUGCAGAUCUGGGGCGUCGCCCGGCAAUUGCUGGAGAAACACACCCAAACGCAUGGAAUCGUCAUGGGAGGAGCAAACAGACGAGCAGAGGCUGAAAAGCUGGAGAAGGGUGUCAAUCUUGUGGUCGCAACGCCCGGUCGUCUGCUAGAUCAUUUACAGAACACCAAGGGCUUCAUUUUUAAAAAUCUCCGCCAGCUGGUUAUAGAUGAAGCAGAUCGGAUCUUGGAAGUUGGGUUCGAAGACGAAAUGAAACAAAUCAUUAAAAUCCUAGGAAAUGGGGAACGGCAAACUUCGCUCUUUUCUGCCACCCAGACUACGAAGGUGGAGGACCUAGCGCGAAUCUCCCUCAGACAAGGACCGCUCUAUAUCAAUGUGGUACCCCGAAUGGAAAAUGCUACCGUCGAUCGACUCGAACAAGGAUAUGUGAUUUGUGAACCAGAUAAACGAUUUCUCCUUCUGUUUUCUUUCCUCAAGCGAAAUUUGAAGAAGAAAAUCCUCGUCUUUUUCUCAAGCUGCAAUUCUGUCAAUUAUUACUCUGAAUUGCUGAACUACAUUGAUCUUCCGGUUUUGUCAAUCCACGGCAACCAAAAACAGCAGAAGCGAACAUCUACAUUUUUCGAGUUCAUUAACAGCGAGAGGGGCAUUCUUGUUUGCACGGAUGUCGCCGCUCGUGGUCUCGAUAUUCCGGAAAUUGACUAUGUCGUUCAAUUCGAUCCUCCAGAUGACCCACGAGACUAUAUCCACCGAGUCGGUCGUACUGCACGUGGUGCGAAGGCGAAGGGUCGUAGUCUUAUGUUUCUACAGCCAUCGGAAAUGGGAUUCUUAACCCAUCUAAAGGAAGCAAAAGUUCCAGUUGUCGAAUUCGAGUUUCCCCAGAAGAAGAUUAUUAAUGUCCAGUCUCAACUUGAAAAACUGAUCUCUCAAAACUACUACCUCAACAAAUCCGCUAAAGAAGGCUACCGUUCGUACCUGAACGCCUACGGAUCGCACUCCCUUCGCUCAGUCUUUGAUAUCCACAAACUCGAUCUGGUCAAGGUUGCCAAGAGUUUCGGCUUUUCUACGCCCCCUCGAGUUGACCUUUUCCUCGGUGCAAGUAUGAGCAGAGAUAAGAAAACCCCGGCGAGGAGGGCGUAUGGUAGCCAGCCCAAACAAGCACCUCGCUUUAAGCGAAAACGGGAGGAUUGAUUAGCGAUCAGAAUAUUUAUUUGUUCAUACGACAAAAAGCAUGGGAGGAGUUCGGUGUAUGGUCUAGAUCAGCAUGCAGUUGUACAUUUUAAAAAUUUCCGAGUCUAAUUCACCUGUGAUAGUUGGUGUGGCCUACAUGUAGUCUAUUCAAGUAAUAAAUGUGCACUGUUUACUGAAGACACAGGUGGAGAUUCUGCAACAUCUCACAGCCCGAAUACUUGACAAUGCCAAGCUGAUGCAUGCUAAGGAGGAGUCAGGCAAAUCUAAUAAUGAUUUAAUGAUAGCUACGAUCGCCAAUACUUCGUUUUUCUCGCAGGAGCUUUGAAUUAAUCAGGCCAAACAAACGUACUCUACACAGCAAUGAAAUCGGCCAUUAAAAUUUGGUUUAAGCAAUACAGUGCUUUAUCG